UGUUCACACAUGCGCUAAUGUGAUCUAAUUUUUAGUUGUCUUCGAGUUGGCAAUCUGACUGAAACGCUUGUCAAUCACCGCGGGAACGCCUAAAGCUCAUCGGGAGUUAUAACACAAAAAUAUAAUCCAACAAAGCUGUAUUUUAUUCUCCCAUGGAAAAAAUACGGCCAGGAAGACAGAGAAGCCGGUGGCUAAAACAAGCACAUAUCUGAACAAGGAAGUUUCGCGUAAUAGUUACCUUUCCUCAAAGUUGUUUUCUGAAAAAUUAACGUAGGCACGCCCCCCGAAAUUUGCGUCCUCUACGUGAUUAUGGUCAAAAUUGGUCUUUGCUGAAGUGCAUUAAGCUGUGUUGCACAGAACAGAGAUGCGCACAAUGUUUCCCCACAGUUUGGUUCCACGAUGGCUUUUGUUGGUCUGUCUUCAUGAGUACAGAUAUGUUUAUAAGUCUUCCGUAUAAUAUCAUCCUAAGGAAGCAGGUAUUGGAGAUGGAUGCAGUGCUGCCAUCCGCUGCAGAGGAACUUCUGAGAGAGAUACAGAAGCAGUACCUGGAAACCAAGCAAAUUCCAGACGACUUACUCUUGGCGUUGAAAUUUAUGUUUGGACCUAUUGCUGUUCAUGCGUUGGACCUGGUUGAUCAACACUCAGUGACUCAAUUUGUAGCUCCCAGUGGGAGAGCAGUAUACCAGGUGAUUGGAAGCUCAGGCAGAGUGUACAGCUGUUUUUCCUCCUGCCACUACUGCUCAUGCCCUGCAUUUUCUUUUUCUGUUCUACGAAAGAAUGACAGUCUUUUGUGCAAGCACAUACUUGCUGUUUACUUAAGCCAAGCGACUGGAACUUGUCAAGAGGUUACUACAUCUGCUGGUCAUGUGACAGGAUUACUGCUUGCAAAAGAGGAAGACAACACAUAAAAGAUUUAAGUGUCAAAAGCCUUUUGUAAAUAGUCCUUUUCUUUGAGUCUGUUUAACUCUUAAUUCAUGAUGGUGAUAAGCUACUUGUGAACACAGAGUAAUACACAGCAUGAGUUUUUAUCGACUGGCAUCUCUGCAAAAUCUGUUUUGUUUAUUCAUGAUUGCAAAGUUGAUUGUUGGAAACUAGGUGAUCAUGGCUGAUGUUCUAGAGUAACAGUUUUGGAAGAAACUUUCCGAGUAUUUAAUAAUUUAUUAUUUGCUUUGAACAGUAGUGCAAUGCUUAACCACAAGUUCCUCUUUGGGGGUUAUUAAUUUGAUAAUACUUGAAUUCAUUAUUAGAGAAGCCACUUAAAAUGCAGUUGAGUGGUUUUGAAAUGGGAGAACUCAUAACUAGGAAAUGUAGUCGUUAGAUUGGUGAAACACACUGAUUUGGUUGCAAAUUCCAUCUUUCUAAAAUCUUGCUAUUUUAGCAUAGUUUGUUGUUUAAUAUUCAGUCAGUGCCAGAAAAACAAUUCUGGAAUUUGCUGAAUUAUGCAUAUCAGCAUUAAAUGCAAUUUUGGGGUUUUAAGAACUGACUGAUGCAUAAAGGAAUUUAUUGUGAAAGUUUACAAUUUCAUUAAUAUUUCAGAAUCUUUAAGCUGUACUAAAACCCUGAAUAACUUGAUGCUGAAGAAGGAAGUGCAGGAGAGGGAAAUACUUUUUUUUUAUUUUAGUUAUUGAAAUAUCUGCUUGCAGUAAUUUAAUAUCAUGGCAUUCACUGGCACAAAGCAGAGAAACCAGUCCUUGAUAAAAUACCAGUCUUUUGCAAGACACGUUCAUGUGCAGCAGGAACACCUGUGAGCAAUUUGAAUAUUCACUAGUUUGCCCACAACAUGUAAUUUGGAUGUGGGAGGAAACUGGAGAACCUGGGGGAAAAACGUAUGUAUGUAGUGAAGAUCUGCAAACUGUACAGAAGGCAAGCAAGCCAAGAGAUGAACUGGAGGAUCUAGUACUGUGACUCAGAAGUGCUAACUGUUGUGUCAUUGUGCAGCUUGGCUAUUUUAACCUUGUCUUUUGAGACAGCCUUCCUGGUUUCAUUAUUUAGUUAAGACCUUUAUUUAUCAAUAAUUCUUGUGACUUUGGCUGGUGUAAUUUGGACAUGAAGGCAAAGUUUAAAUGACCAAACCAAAAUGCCAGCUGUGGGUAAACCGAGCAUUACCUGCACAAGGAUAUGGAUUACAGCUGAUAUACUAUACAAUACAUACCUUUUUAAAUAAUGGCAUUGUAUAACAGAACGUACAGUCUUUGUCUUCUAACUACUACAGUGCAAGACUUCAAAUAAAGUUUUAUGAUCCUGAACAUUUUGUGACUAUGCUUGAACAGAAUGUACCUAUAGACCAUCUAAUUUUGUAUUUUCUUCUCUGUACAUUUGUAUGUUUUAGGGGGCCGCAGUAGCUGUGGUUCUAUUGUAAAUGUAUUAAUUUUUCUUGGUUAUAUUUUAUAUUUUAAAGUAAGUUUUUAAUGUCUUUAUCUUUUAAUUAUUCAUUUAAUUGCAUUUCAAGAUGUCCUGGAAUGCAUAACAACUAAGUAUUAGCCUUGCAGUUUUUAAGUUUUUUUUUUUUUUGGUGGUGAGGAUAUUAUAGAGUAGAAUCAAAUUGUUGUUUAUGUGCAGUGCUUCUUACUUUCUAUAGUUCUGUAUAGCAGACUGUAGUUUAGUCUUUGGGUGCUGGUCUUCUUUCCAUGAGUAGGUGGUCAUAUAUGCCUGUGUGCAUCAGUCAUCACUCACAUUUUUGAAUGUUAAUUGCAUUUCACUGCAUAAAUCUGAAUAAGUACUUUGUGAUAUCCUGAUUUGAGAUGUAGCUGUUUGGCAUUUCCUGUUAUGUUUCGGGAAAACAUCUCAAAAUGCCUUAUUGUUUAAAUGCUGUCUUCCGAAUUAGUAGAUUGGGGGUAAUUGUUAGGUUUUGAUAUUUUUAAAAUGUUAGCUAGAUGUCAUGAAAUAAUUAGACCCCUUUCAGAAACGUUUGCACACAUUUUGGUUUCAGAUUCAUAUGUUGAAUAGAUAAAUGUUAAUUUUGCUUGGUAGUUUUUUAUAGAGAAACCAAAGUUUAAUUUAUCACAGUUUCUUUUUAAUGUGUCUAAUUGUAUAUUCUAGCUUUUCUUUUGUUCAUAUAGGCAAAUGGGGAUGAUCUGAUUGUUGUCUUAAAAGCUGCUCACCUUACAUAUAUACAGAUAUGUGAAUCUUAUGGUAAAGAAUUAUAAUGUGUGUGUGUGUGUGUGUGUGUGUGUGUGUGUAUAAAAUGUUUAAUCUCUAGUUUACUGAAUUUAUAUAGGAUAAGUUUCUGUGACAUUGUAUUGCAUUAAACUGAUUGGGAAAUGACUGAAUUACCAUACUACAGAGUGGUAUUGAAAUACACAGCUGAAUGGUUUGCAAAUAAUCUCAGUGCAUUUUUAAUCACUUUCUGGAAUUUAGUAUGUAGCAAAAAGAACUGAGUGCUUAAAUAUGAUUUCUGGUCAUGUGAAUAAAAAUAUGUUCCUAAAGUACACAAUA